AUGGCCGGGCUCGAGGACGCAGCGCUGAGCGGCGAGCUAUUCCGACAGCACUCGGCCGCGUCGGGCGAGCGCUCGUCGCACGACGACCACGACCACGAGCACGAGGGCGACACGCACCAGGCGACCGACGACGAGGAGAGCUUGGGCCUCGUGUCGGGUGCGGCGCCGGCGCGCGGCGUGCGGCAGGGCGGCGUGCCAGCGCCGUCUGCACCAUCAAUGCGUUCGUCACGGCCGUACGCCGACAACGUGCCCCGCCGCGCCGGCGCGCCGCAGACUGGGCCGAAGGGCGUCGUGGAGGACCAGCGCGCGGCCGCGGCGGCAGCGGCACAAGCGCAGCGCGAUGCGGUGCGGCACACGCGUGCGGCGCAGGAACGCGCGGCGAUAACUGCGCCGACGGUGCAUGAGGAGGACGCGACGCGCAAGCUCGCCGCGCAGCUGGCUGACGCGUCGAUCGACGACGAGCGCGCGCGCUGGCGCGCUGCGCGGCUCGACGAGCUGCGCUCCGCCUCCGCGGUGGGACAAGAACGCGGGCUGCGCGAGGUCGGCAAGGAGAGCUUUAUCGGCGCUGUCGAGCGGCGCGGGUGGGUCGUCGUGCUCAUCUACGAGCCGGACAUUGCGCGGUGCCAGGAACUCCUCGCGAGCACAGUCGCGCUCGCGCGCUCCCUGCCCGGUAACCUCGCCGAACCGGUCAGCGUGGUGCGUGCGCGCGCGUCCCAGCUGGCGUUUAGCCUCUUGCCUGCGGAGCCUAGACCGCAUGGGGAUAACUACGACGACGACGAAGAGGAAGAGGAGGAGGCGCGGCCCGACCCCGACGUCCUGCCCACCAUGCUCGUGUACCGCGACGGCGAGCUCGAGCGGACGUGGGUCCGCGUCGACUUUGACCUGCGCGACGACGGCGUCGAGGGGCUGCUUAGGCGCGAGGGCAUCCUGCGCGAGACCAAGGGGAGCGGGUAUGACGACGAGGAGGAUGAGGAGGACUAGGGCUGAGGAGGGGACGAGACGAGGCGAAUAGAGGAGGCACACUAUGGACUUGUACAGGACACCGGAUACGCGACGAGCUAGAUACCACAGCAGCAGCAGCACACCGCGGCGCUGCCCGCGGCCACAAUACGCA